AUGAGUAACAGUAACAUGGAAUUGGCAUCCUUUAUCAUACAGGAAAUAAGUAACCUUCUAGAUGCUUGUCGAGUUACAGUGGAACUCACACUUCAGAGGACCCUCCAACCUGCCGAAGUAAGGCCCGCAGAUCAUGGCGCUCACACACCUACCUCUGCAACUGUCUCCAAAGGUGGUGAUGUUCUGGGACCCUGGUACCCACUAACUGCUCUUAGAGAUACCUGGAUCGAUUUUGGCACAGUACCCACGACGGCAGCAAGCCGACUGGAUAGACCGGACAUUGAAUCCGGACCACACACAGUGGGAAGCCUCACUGCCCAGGGUGCUAGGUAUGGAGCAUUGGAUCAGGCCGGCUACACCGCUCCAGGGGACAACCCGACGGCUUGGAAGUCGGAGGCUCAGGGACACCUGCAGUUGGGGAUAGAGCUGCUCCGAUGCUUGGUGACAUUCCGCAAAUUCCAGACACUUACCUCUUUUGUCGGAUCGGCCAUUACACAUGCAGACGAGUCUUCAUCUGAACAUGCCAUACAGAGGGAUCCUAAAAUGGUUUCAAUCGACCUCUAUGUUUCACAAAAAGCUGGUGAAUUUACAAACUGCAGUAAUCCUAGUCAUGGUCAGACUGCAAGUGCUUCUUCCAGUCAUUUCCAAAAUCAAAGAAGUGUAGGACAUUUAUGUUCUAAUUGUGGGAAACGUUUCACAGAGAUAUCAUUUCUUUUUGAACAUCAGAAAAUUCAUGCAGGAGAGAAAGCAUUUUCAUGUUCUGUCUGUGGGAAAUGUUUUACUCGCAAAUCACAUCUUACUACGCAUCAGAAAAUUCAUACAGGAGAAAAAGCAUUUUCAUGUCUUGACUGUGGGAAAUGUUUUACUAUGAAAUCACAUUUUACUACUCAUCAGAAAAUUCAUACAGGACAGAAAUCAUUUUUAUGUUCUGACUGUGGGAAACGUUUUACUUGGAAAUCGCAACUAAUCGCACAUCAGAAAAUUCAUACAGGAGAAAAAGCAUUUUCAUGUUCUGAAUGUGGGAAAUGUUUUACUGUGAAAUCAGAUCUUAUUAGACAUCAGAAAAUUCAUACAGGAGAAAAAGCAUUUUCAUGUUCUGACUGUGGGAAAUGUUUUACUCGGAAAUCAGCUAUUGCUGUUCAUCAGAUAGUUCAUACAGGAGUGAAAGCAUUUUCAUGUUCAGACUGUGGAAAAUAUUUUACUAUGAAAUCAAGUCUUACCAAGCACCAGAUAAUUCAUACAGGAGAAAAAGCAUUUUCAUGUUCAGACUGUGGGAAAUGUUUUACUUGUAAAUCACAUCUCACUCGGCAUCAGAUAAUUCAUACAGGAGAGAAACCAUUUUCAUGUUCUGAAUGUGGGAAAUGUUUUACUCUGAAAUCACAUCUUACUACUCAUCAGAUGAUUCAUACUCUGAAAUUAGAUCUAACUAUGCAUUACAAAAUUCAAACAGGAGAGAAACAAUUUUCAUGUUCUGAAUGUGGGAAAUGUUUUCCUUGGAAAUCACAUCUUAUUACGCAUCAGAUAAUUCAUACAGGAGAGAAACCAUUUUCAUGUUCUGACUGUGGGAAAUGUUUUACUCAUAAAUGGCAUCUUAUCAUGCAUCAGAAAAUUCAUACAGGAGAAAAAGCAUUUUCAUGUUCUGACUGUGGGAAAUGUUUUACUUGUAAAUCAUAUCUCACUCGGCAUCAGAUAAUUCAUACAGGAGAGAAACCAUUUUUAUGUUCUGAAUGUGGGAAAUGUUUUGCUCGGAAAUCAAAUCUUAUCAAGCACCAGAUAAUUCAUACAAGAGAGAAAGCAUUUUCAUGUUCUGACUGUGAAAAAUGUUUUACUCAGAAAUCACAUCUUACUAUGCAUCAGAAAACUCAUACAGGAGAGAAAGCCCAAAAGGUGUGACCAGGCCCUGGAGUUCCACCACUGCUGGAGAAGCCCACUUCCCAGGAUGGGAGGAGAGUCCAUGACAGGAGCGGGGGGUGCUUAAUAUAGGAGCAAAAGUGAUACAGGAGGCAGUGUGACAGCAGUUGCUACAUAUGUGUGGUUGUGGGAGGGGCUCAGGAUGGGAGUGGGAGGGGCUUAAGAUGAGAGCAGAAGCAGCUGUGACACAGGAGGCAGUGUGACAGAAGCUCCUUGAUGUUUGUGUGCUGAGGGUGAUUCAGGAUUAAGGUACACUGAACAUAAAAAUGAUCACAUCUCAAUAAAAUCAUCUUACUUCAGUACUGUAUUUAAUUUACCAGUACCUACCACUAGUGAGAGGAUUAACAUCUUCAGAGCUUGAUUCCUUGUAAGGCUACAAUAACACCUUUGAGAAUACUGGUAAAUCUCUAUAGCACACUGGGGGGCAGGAUAAGAGUGGGAGGGACCAAGGAUGGGAACUGCUGCGAGUUAUAAGCUGUGACAAAGGAGGCAGCAUGAGAGCUAACAGGACCUGCCUUAUAUGUGUGUGCUGAGGGUGAGAAGGGUGUCAGGAUUGGGGAUGUAUGAUAAGUGGUGAGAAGGGGUUGUGUGAGGAGGGUUGAGGGGAGCCUUGUGUAAGGUAGGUAGUUAAUAGGUUGCAUAGUGAGCACUGUGAGGGAAGGAUUCUGAAUGGGUUAAGAGGAGGCAGCCUGUUAGGGUUAUGAGAGGGCUGUGUGUGAGGGGGAGGGUAAGGAGACUGUUAUCUGUCAGGGAGGGAGGCUAAGAAAUUAAGGAGGGGUCUGUGUGUGAGGGAGAUAGGAGGGUUGAGAGGGAGAGGAUGAGAGGUGCUGUGUGUGAGAAUAAAAUUAGAACUGUGUGGAGGAGGAAGCUGAGAGUGUUAGAAGAGACUGUUUGUUUGAGAGGGGGUGAGGGAGAGGGGGCUGAAAGUAUGAGAAGGAGCUGAGUGAGGGAGAGGUAGGCUGAGAGAAUAAGGAGGUAGCUGUGUGUAAAGGAAGGGGGCUUAGAGGGUGAGAAGGAGGCUGAGAAGAUAAGGGAAAGCUAUUUGUGCCAGAGGAAAGGAGGUGUGUGUGUGAGGGAGCAUGGAGCUGAUAUGGUAAGGAGGGGGCUGUGUGAAGAAGUGUGCUCAGUGGGUGAGGUUGAGGCUGUUUGAAGGGGAUUUAAAAGAGUGAGGAAGGGGAUGUGUAUAUUUUCUUUACAAAUUAUAUUUUCUUUA